CAUUAAAUAUAGAUUUACAAUGAUUAAAAAAUUAUUUUCUAUUAAUUCUCUUUUAAAGGUAACUAAAAAUUAUAGUACAUCAAAACUGUACAUUCCGUAUAACCAGACAUCUGAUACAUAUGUCAUUGUUGAACCAUAUUUGGAUUUGGAGAAUCGUUUUAAAGAUAAAAAUAUUUUAAAAGAUAAUAUUACUUUAAGGGGUUUAAAUAUCGAUAUAGAUAAAAUAUGUGAUAAUUGGUCAAGUUUCAUUAGUGUGCGAGACGAAAUUGUCCAUUUAAAUGUUGAAAAACAAAAAAUUGCUGAGCAAUUUAAAAAAAUCAAAAAGGAUGAUAGUAAUGAGAUACAGAGGCUUAAAGAAAGUAGAUCAAAAGUAAUGACAAAGUUAAAAUCUUUGAGAGAUAAUAUUUCUAUAUUAGAAACGGAAGUGGUUAUUCCUAGUCUUAGCAUACCCAAUAGCUUACAUCCCGAUUGCCCUUUAACUGAAAACAAAAUUUUAUUUCAACGCUUUGGAAAAAUGAAAAUUGAUAAUGAAGACUGUGUAGAUCAUUUAAAAAUUGGCUCAGUUUUAGAAUGUUUGGAUUAUAUAAAUCAUGUAAUUGUUUAUAUUAAGAAUGAAGCGUCUCUCUGUGAACAAGCAAUAAUGACUUAUUUCAACGAGUUUUUAGAAAAGUCUGAUUUUAUACCCUUUUGUAAUUCAGAUCUCAUUAAAAGUGUAAUUAUUGAAGGAUGUGGUGCAGAUGUUGAUAACGCAGAUCAAACAUUUAUUUUAAGUGAAAAAAACCUGCAUUUGAUGGGUGGUGCAAGUCUUCAAUCAUUCUGCGCAUUUCUCACCAAAGCGUGUGUUGGAGGAAACAAACUACCUCUGAAAUUGUAUUCAACUGGUCGACUGUAUAAACCCUUUAUCAAAAACAUUGGACUUUUCUCUGCUGUACAAACAAAUGCUGUUGAAGUUUUAAUUGGUUCGACUGAUGAAUGUGAAUCCAAAGACCAAUUUGACAAAAUGCUGACCGUUUAUAGACAAGUAUAUGAAAAUAUUGGUUUAGAUUAUCGUAUAGUUUAUUCACCUGUUUCCAAGUUAGAAAACUGGGAGAGUUUAAGAGCUCAAGUGGAAUUGUACUCUGUGAGUAGUAAAAAUUAUGUUGCCGUUGCUUCAUUAUCUUUAUCUGGGGAUUUUAUUAGCAAACGUUUGAGAAUAUACUGGUCUGGCAAAGACAAAAACAAUUUUUUGAACAUUGUUAACGGGAAAAUGGUAGACACUAAUGUAUUGCUAGGAUGUUUGUUAGAACAAAAUGUAAACAAGUUCAAUGUACCAGACUGUAUAAAAAAUUAUAUGAUUGUUUAAAAUAUUUUAAUUUGUUUUUUGCGUAUUAUGUGAAUAAAUUACUAAUCUAUGUAUGUCCUAUACAUCCCCAAUUUUCUAAUUCCAAAAGUAGGUCAUAAUAUGAAUAUUAAAUGCAUAAUAUUGUAUAACUAAAA